AGUGCUCAUUCUCAUAAGUAAUCCUUUUACAAAAUUCUGUUAAGAUUUUAUUUUUAGAUGAAUAGUACACUGAACAUGACUCAAUUAAGCAUCCUUUGUAAUUAUGAAAAGGUCUAAUUUCAUAGCAUUUUUGGAAUGUCACAAGCAGUGACAUUUUAAGUUUUUUAAAGUCAAAUUUAAAUAUGUACAUAAGACCUUGACUUAACCAGAACAAUUCAUUCUUUUCACAUGUAGCUGAAUAUACUUUGUAAAAUAUGUUCUCAUCUUUCCUCUCUCUCUCUCUUUUAGAUUAUUUGGAACACCACAUGUCUAACAAUUUUCCUUGCAACAUUAAACCAUUCAUUUUCACUGCCUCCAAAAGACCAAAAUUGCUCUGGAAAUUGGAGACAUAUUUGGUUUAAAAGAAAAAACUUGAACAAAUGGACAAUAUGUCUAUUACGAAUACACCAACAAGUAAUGAUGCCUGUCUAAGCAUUGUACAUAGUUUGAUGUGCCAUAGACAAGGUGGGGAGAGUGAAACAUUUGCAAAAAGAGCAAUUGAAAGUUUGGUCAAGAAGCUGAAGGAGAAAAAAGAUGAAUUGGAUUCUUUAAUAACAGCCAUAACUACCAACGGAGCUCAUCCUAGUAAAUGUGUUACCAUACAGAGGACACUGGAUGGACGCCUGCAGGUGGCUGGUCGGAAAGGAUUUCCUCACGUGAUCUAUGCCCGUCUCUGGAGAUGGCCUGACCUUCAUAAAAAUGAACUAAAGCAUGUUAAAUAUUGUCAGUAUGCAUUUGACUUAAAAUGUGAUAGUGUCUGUGUCAAUCCGUAUCACUAUGAACGAGUUGUCUCACCUGGAAUUGAUCUCUCAGGAUUAACACUGCAGAGUAAUGCUCCACAAAGCAUGCUGGUGAAGGAUGAAUAUGUUCAUGACUUUGAUGGGCAACAACCGUUACCCACGGAAGGACAUUCAAUUCAGACCAUCCAGCAUCCACCAAGUAACCGUGCAGCAACGGAGACAUACAGCGCCCCAGCCCUGUUAGCCCCGUCUGAGUCCAGUGCUGCCAGUACCACCAACUUUCCCAACAUUCCUGUGGCUUCCACAAGUCAGCCUGCCAGUAUUCUGGCAGGCAGCCAUAGUGAAGGACUGUUGCAGAUAGCUUCAGGGCCUCAGCCAGGACAGCAGCAGAAUGGAUUUACUGGUCAGCCAGCUACUUACCAUCAUAACAGCACUACUACCUGGACUGGAAGUAGGACUGCACCAUAUACACCUAAUUUGCCUCACCACCAAAACGGCCAUCUUCAGCACCACCCGCCUAUGCCGCCCCAUCCCGGACAUUACUGGCCAGUUCACAAUGAGCUUGCAUUCCAGCCUCCCAUAUCCAAUCAUCCUGCUCCUGAAUAUUGGUGUUCGAUUGCUUACUUUGAAAUGGAUGUUCAGGUAGGAGAGACAUUUAAGGUUCCUUCAAGCUGCCCUAUUGUUACUGUUGAUGGAUACGUGGACCCUUCAGGAGGAGAUCGCUUUUGCUUGGGUCAACUCUCCAAUGUUCACAGGACAGAAGCCAUUGAGAGAGCAAGGUUACACAUAGGAAAAGGUGUGCAGUUGGAAUGUAAAGGUGAAGGUGACGUUUGGGUCAGGUGCCUUAGCGACCAUGCGGUCUUUGUGCAGAGUUACUACCUAGACAGAGAAGCUGGGCGUGCACCUGGAGAUGCGGUUCAUAAGAUCUACCCAAGUGCUUAUAUAAAGGUAUUUGAUUUGCGUCAGUGUCAUCGACAGAUGCAGCAACAGGCAGCUACGGCGCAAGCUGCGGCAGCCGCCCAGGCGGCAGCUGUGGCAGGAAACAUCCCUGGCCCAGGCUCUGUGGGUGGAAUAGCUCCAGCUAUCAGUCUGUCAGCUGCUGCUGGCAUUGGUGUUGAUGACCUUCGGCGCUUAUGCAUCCUCAGGAUGAGUUUUGUGAAAGGCUGGGGACCUGAUUACCCACGACAGAGUAUCAAAGAAACGCCUUGUUGGAUCGAGAUCCACUUGCAUAGGGCGCUGCAGCUCCUGGAUGAAGUUCUGCACACCAUGCCCAUUGCAGACCCACAGCCCUUAGACUGAGGUGGAUCACUGCAGGGCCCUUAACAGUAUCAGGAUGGUGGACUGUAAAAUGCAAUCCUGUUUAUUAUCUGAAGAUAUGUUUCACCUUUGUUCUGCUUUAUCUUUUCAUAAAGGGUGGAAAAAAUGUGUUUGCUACCUUGCUCCUAGCAGACAGAAACUGGAUUAAAACAAUUUUUUUUUCCAAUUUAGAACUUUUCAGGCAUGUCUCAGAGCUUGAAAAUCAGGAAAACACAUUCUUACUAAAUCUUUACCAGUUGUGUAUGAAAGAGUCAUUCCAGUGCUGGAAAAUUUAGCCCUUUAAAAUGUCUUAGAGUGUUUUUUAUAUGCAGAACACUGAUGUGUGUGUUACUCUACACAAUAAAUUCAAUAUUGCUGAUUUUAAAGGCAGAGGAGUGCUCAAAGUUAAUUCACCUGUUUUAUUUUGUGUGCAAAUUGUUAUUGUUGGACAAACUUUACUCCAAAAUAUUGUGCCAUGUGGGUGAGUUAAUUUUACCAAGAGCAACUUUACUCUGUAUUUAACAAAUAAAAUAGUGAUGUAUUAUAACCUUUUAUCUAAAAUAUUUUUUGGAACUAGUGAAAGUGAUUUCAAUUCUGGUUGUCUUGCAGCUCAGUUUUAUCUUAAUAAGGUGAAAGACUAAUCUGGAUGUAUAUUAAGAAUUGCUUAAAAUUACUGGACAAAAAUGUCAUUUAAAAUUACAUUUGUUAUCCCUAUUAGACGACUAUCAGAAAGUAUACUUUUCCCCCAUUAAACAGUAGAUGUGUUUGUCUACUUUUGCCUGGAAAAGUAAUUUCUUUUCCUUCAUUAAUUCAUAGGGAAAAGUUUUGUAUUUUUUAAAACACUAAAAGCAGUGUCACUCAACAUAGUAUCUCACUGUUCUGCAAAGGUGACAGUGCUUAAAUAAUGAAUAUUUUGGAAACUGGCAAAUUCUGUGUUAAAUACUGUGCAGAAUAAUGGAGACAUUACAUACAGUUCAUACUAGGUAGUUUGGAUAUUUUUGUACUUGAUUUGAUGUGUGACUUUUUUUCAUAUACUGUUUAAAUCAUGUAUGUUAUGAUAUUGUUUAAAAUUCAGUUUUUGUAUCUUGGGGCAAGACUGCAAACUUUUUUAUACCUUUUGGUUAUUCUAAGCCCUUUGCCAUCAAUGAUCAUAUCAAUUGGCAGUGACUUUGUAUAGAGAAUUUGAAGUAGAAAAGUUGCAGAUGUAUUAACUGUACCACAGACACAAUAUGUAUGCUUUUUACCUAGAUAGUAGCAUAAAUAAAACUGAAUCAACAUACAAAGUUGAAUUCUAGGUUUGAUUUUUAAAUUUUUUUCUUUUGCACUUUUGAAGCCAAUCUCAGUGGCAAGACACCUUUUAUUAAGUGACAGGCAACAGCCAGCUCUAUUGGGCAGCUCUGGUUUGCUUCUUACACUCUACCAGGACUUUCCCAUUGUGUAUUAGGCAUAGAGUUGGUUAUUUUUUUUAACUUUUAUUUGCUAUAGCAAACAAUAGGUCUGGUUGUCUAUGUGAUAGAUGAUCUACAGAAAAAAACAGUGUGAAAUGAAUCAAGGAUUAUCUUUCAGAUGCUUUUUCUGUUUGUGUGGAGGGUCAUUGUAAACUUACUAUUUAAAGUGUGUUAUAGAUUUGAGCCAUAGAAACACUUAUGUAUAAUAAUCCUUUUUAUGUCAACUGACACGAACAAGUCUUGUGCUUGCUUGGAAGGUCUCCUUAAUAGGACCAUUCUCUAAGUUCUGCCACUGAGUUUGCUUAUGCAGGCUACACAGUUUUUUAAAAGCUUCUCUAUGAAUUCAUUUGUACUCUUUGAGUACUCAAGUAUUUUCAGUAAAGACCUAGUUUUCAUCUGUAAAGGUUUAUAGUGUUUUAAGUUUUCUUGACAGAAGUGUUAAAAGAUAACUUCUCUAGAAAUUUUCUCUUUAGGUCCAUUUUACUGAAUGAAGAAUAGGAAUGAGAGGAGCGAGUCCUAGAGUGACAUUUUAAUCCAGACUCUUUGAUUAAAACCUUAACCGCGUGAUGGUACCAUCCAUUAUCUCUUCCUAAUUUAAGGAAAGUUUUCAUGUUUAUUCAUCUGUUGAAAGUAUGUGGGAAAUAUUUGCUAAGAAAUAUUUUUUUAACCAAGCCACCAGUCUUGGUUUCUUUCUACUAAGAGCCAUAAAAUAUAGAAGUUUUUCUAGUUAUUGCUUGUUAUAAUAUCUAGAUUGAGGCACAUGCUGUUGAGGAAACACCGAGGUAUCAUGAUCAGCUAUGUUUUAUAGCGUGGUUCUUAAAUUGUGUUUGUUUCUUAGAUGUGGUCACCUUUGAUGAGAAGACAGAAGAAUUUCCCUAGGUUUACACUUUUGUGUCUGCUUUAAGGAUAAAACAAUUUCCACAUUCUCAAAAAUCAUUUAUUAUCAGGAUAUGGUUCUGGGUACGUUUUCUCUAACUCAUAUCUCAAAGACCUUCUGAAUGUUGAAUUCCAGUGUAAGCCGAAUGAGAGAUGAAUCAAAUAUAGCCAGUACACUAGACCCA